CUGAGGAGUUCGGGGUUCUGCCACUCCCUGAGGCUGGGGGCUUUCGUCCCCGCCAUGGCUGAGCUAAUCCAGAAGAAGCUGCAGGGGGAAGUGGAGAAAUAUCAACAGCUGCAGAAGGACUUGAGUAAAUCCAUGUCAGGGAGGCAGAAACUAGAGGCACAACUAACUGAAAACAAUAUCGUGAAGGAGGAACUGGCCCUGCUGGAUGGGUCCAACGUGGUGUUUAAACUUCUGGGGCCCGUGUUGGUCAAACAGGAGCUGGGGGAAGCUCGGGCCACAGUGGGGAAAAGGCUGGACUACAUCACAGCUGAGAUUAAGCGGUAUGAAUCCCAGCUCCGAGACCUAGAGAAGCAGUCAGAACGACAGAGGGAGACCCUGGCUCAGCUGCAGGAGUUUCAGCGGGCGCAGGCAGCAAGGGCAGGGGCUCCUGGGGAAGCCUGA